CCCGGGGCUGGUGCAGUUGCCGGGAGGCCCUGGGGGCUCGUGUGCAGUGGCGUCGGGGAAGCGGUAGCAACCAGCCUCCUCCGACUGGCUUCUUCUUAGGACUUUUCUUUUGUUGUUGCCGUGACCCGGGUCUGUUUCCUCGUUUGUUGUUGAAGGUGUUUGACUGCUGCACCGGCUCUAUGCCCUACACCUCCUUCCCUGUGGUUUAAUCUUCCUCUUUCCCCAGUGUGUUGUAGGCUCGGAGAACUACGUAGAGAUUUGCAUUUCUUCCCCUCCCCACUCCGCACCCCCACCCCGCCUCUUUGAAAAACAAAAACCCAACCUCACAAAACCUCUCUGGACCUCGGUAGCGAGACGUAGAGGGUUGAUUUGUGGAGUGGGAGUCGCUGGCCCAUUGCGGUGCUUGGGACUCAUUAAACUGUCACUCACCCCCCACCCCACUGGGUAAAUGGGGUGAUUAAUGCCUGAUAUAUUGGAAUGGGGCGAGGGCAUUUGUGGAGAAUAGGUUGUGUGGCUGAGAAGGAAUUUAUCUCCAAAAAGUGCCUCCUGAAAUAGGCAUUCAGAAUUAUGUCACUCACCGGGAAGUUAGAGAAAGUUAGGUUUGUGACUUUGGGGGAACGAAAAGGACAGAGUUGUUGGUUUUAGUUACUCUGUAACUCUUUGCCACAGUUUUCUAAUGAGAACAGAGUAAUUACCACCGAGGCUGGGACACUUGCGCCUCAGGCCCCAGCUCCUUUUCUUCUCCUCACCCAUCCAAAAUUGUGGAGUUGUAUUUGACAUUCACAGAUGUCGCUCCUCCGGGGUUGUGUUAGAAUUUCAUGACCCAUUCGAAAAGGCCCACAAAGUCUAGCGAAAGUUUCCCAAACUUACCAGACCCGUUUUUUUUUUUUUUUCCUUUUUCUUUCUCUCUCUCUUCUGAAAGGUUUUCUUGUGAUCAUGAACGUUACAGAGUGACCCAAAAAAAAGAUUGUUAUGGGACACAGAUCAAGGAGGGGACAAGGUUCUGCUUUUUCUGAGCAGAUCAGAUCUGCAGGUGCGGCAUUCAUUUUAAGUGACCCUGGCAAGCUGUAUCAGUUUAUUAAUUUGUCUCAUUGGACCGAAGCACUUUCCAGGAUUUCAGAAAGUACAGUUUCAGCUUGUUGAUACUGAGAAUUCAAAUUUGCAUUAACUGUGGCCCUGUGAGAAAUUUUCCCUGAGAAAAGGUAGUUGUGGAUAAGUAGUUAAGUAAGAGUGAAAUAAUAAAGUGAACUAGGUUGAAGUCAUAAUUCUCAGUAAGUCUUCCAACAUUUCUGAGACAUGUAUCCCACUAUCAGCAGGGGGAAAAAAAAAAAUGAAAGUGCCGUAAUGAUGUUGAAAUGGGGCUGGAGAUGUCAAGUGGGUUGGUUUAAAAAUAUUCCUAAGCUGCCUUUAGAGCUAAAGGUUGGCGUUGAAUAGAAGUGAAUUCUGGGUUUCCUGAAUAGCACGGUGGUUUGAGUGUGCUUGUCAGUAUAUAAGGCAGUCCACCAACUUUAAGACAGAAGUGUUGCUAUUCCAUAAAUACAGUAGAACUUCAUAUGCUGAGUUUUUCAAUUUCCUCUGUUAGAAAGUUUGGAAAAAAAAGGGAGACUUUGAAGUAUUCUGUUUAUACUAACAGAAGAGAAAAGUUCUCCUAAGAAAAAGCUGGUGGCAGGAGUGUAGAGGAGUAGCAUAUGGCAUUAAAAGGGGCACAGCUGGAGGUAGCAUUUCCAUCUGAACAUGAUGUCAGAGCAGCUGACAGCCUGCCAUCCCUCAGCCUUUUAUUCUAACACACAGACAGGGAGUUAGUGUGUGCGGAUCUGUGGUGGAGAAGGUAUCUCAUUCCUCUCUAACAUCAUCUCCACUUUGCAUCUGUCUCUCUUAGUCUGCUUUUUUCCCACCGAUGUAACAGACCUGGAGCCAGCAAGACUCAGAGGGAAGGACUUAAUCAGGUUUAUGUGUCCUAAAGGUAGGAGUAGCAAUAGAUUAGACCGAGCAUAUUUCUGUUUUGGUGUUUUGUUUAUUUAAUUUUAAAAAAAUCACAUUCCUUUUCUAAUCCAGUUUAGGAAUAAUAUAUGAAAUUGAGUACUAAAUGAACAUCUUACUGGAGUUGAAAGGCUUGGGCUUGUUUAGUUUUAAUUUUUAUCCCUUUUACUUGAGUAAGUAACUUUAAUACACAAAUAUUUCAACUUUUGAAAUGUUAAGAAAGGCUUUUGAAAUACUGCUUUUUGAGAUCACUUUGGAUUAAAAUGCCUUUUUUUUUUUCCCCCACUGCUAUUUAGAUUACUUUUGCUUUUGGGGGGAGAAAUAGUAAACUGUCUGGAAUUAAGCAUUCAAACUUGUAUGAGAAGAUUAUUCUAGUUAAGGAGCUAGAUUGUUGUGUAAUUAAUUCCACUGUGAAACUUUAUUCUUCAAAACAUUCAGCAGCUCUACUGAAACGUACAGCUGUAGUGCUUUUGAAACCGAGGGUGUUUUUUUUUUUUUAAGGGAAAAAAAAAAAACUUUUGUCCCCAGGAGAAUAGUUUGACUGGUUUCCUCAUUUCUCUUUCGAAUAUAUAUUUAAGAGAUCUUUUAUUUCAGCAUAACAAUAAUUAUUUGCAGGAGUUUUUGUGUUAGCGACUAAUUUAGAACUUGUAGAUUUGAGCUGCCUGAAUUGGCCAGACAGCUGUAAUCGCACUCUUCUAUUCUUAAUCUCUUUAUCUGGGCAGCAGCUGCCAUAUGGCCACAGUCAGCUGGAUCAGAUGUUUAUAAGCUUCCUUCUUCAUCCCUCUCUGUCCUCUCAGCCUCCUAAUUUGAUCACGGCUACCUUGUGAGCUGCCCUACAAUCUUUAUUUUUAGCCCUCUCAAGGAUUAGGAUUGAUGUUAGCUGUGGGGCACUUAAAGUGAUUGUAUUGUAAAUCUUGGUUUAUUCUAGCAGUGGCAUCUUGCAGAAUAUAUUUGGGGUUAGAAUCAAAGUUUUCGUCUAUCUUGGGUAAAGUGUUGAAGAGACAGGGAAGUCAUUUCUGAAUAUUACAUUAAUAUGUGUCUAUUUCCAAAAUGCACUUUCUGAGGUAGAUGGUCUGGGGCUUUGCUUCUGGUCACUGGCAAGGGAAAUUGGGAUUUCUUUAAGUUUACCUAGUGCAGUUGAAUUUUGACCCUUUGUACAUCUUUGCCUUUCCCCCUUUCGAAUUCACCUCCCUGGCCAGAAAACCAGGGCAACAAUGCUUAUUUGGAAGACUAGAAGCUAGUGGGAAAACAAAAUAUAUCAAGUGAUGUUGAAACAUAGUAUUCUCUGUUGACUGAGUUAAAGCAGAUUCAGGGGAAAAAAAAAAGUUUCUCCUUUUCUAGAAAGGCUUUUUUUUGAGGGGGGGGUUGGGGUGUUGAACCUGUAAAGCUUUUGCAUUUCAUUUGGAAGUGGUAUGCCUGUAUUUUAAAGUUUAAUUUUGAUAGGAAAUCCAUCUUGCUUUGCAAGGGAUCAAAGUUGAGAUGAGAAUUUUCAAUUAAGUAAAGCCGGUCUGGUUCCUGAGACUCUAGAAGGACAGAUUCUACAAAGCAAUAUAACCAUUUUUUUCCCCCUCAAUUUAAAAAAAAAAAAAAGCUUUGGAUUUGUACAUAGUAAAGACGAUCUUUUCCAUCUGUUGGCGUCCUUCCUUCUGAUCUCAUACAUGUGUGCUAUACCUGCAAAUCUUAAGGCAAUAACAUCUGUUUUUAUACACAGGCUUUUGUUGUUGUAACACUCUGACUUUAAAAGUAAGUUGUUUGCUGAUUUCUGGACUAAUUAUGCAAUUUCAUUUUUUUCUGGAUUCCGCCAAAUGUGUGUGUGUUUAAAUUGUGCUUCCUGGGUGCAGUCAAGUAUCAAAAGUAAUAAAAUAAAAAGGGUGGCUUGAACAAAUUUUCUUAAUCUUCCAGAAUGUGUUUAGGACUUGCCUUUGUUCAUCCUAUGGGUUGUUCCCCUUGAAACAGCAGCUAUUUUGUAGGUUUUGUAGGACAUAAUUUGAUGAGCAGAAUUAAUUAAAUUUCUCCUGAAAGACAUCUCAAUUCUUAUUCUCAGUAAGAGGCUGUAGUUAAAUUGAGGCUUUGAAAACUUGACUAAAAGUUCAAGGAAGGUCAAGCUGCAUCUGAGACCGUUUUCCUGGGGUUAUGAAGACAGUAUGGAGUUUCCAGACCAUAGCAGACAUUUGCUGCAGUGUCUGAGCGAGCAGAGACAUCAGGGCUUUCUUUGUGACUGCACUGUUCUGGUGGGAGAUGCCCAGUUCCGAGCGCACCGAGCUGUGCUGGCUUCAUGCAGCAUGUAUUUCCACCUCUUUUACAAGGACCAGCUGGACAAAAGAGACAUUGUUCAUCUGAACAGCGACAUUGUUACAGCCCCAGCUUUCGCUCUCCUGCUUGAAUUCAUGUAUGAAGGGAAACUCCAGUUCAAAGACUUGCCCAUUGAAGACGUGCUAGCAGCUGCCAGUUAUCUCCACAUGUAUGACAUUGUCAAAGUCUGCAAAAAGAAGCUGAAAGAGAAAGCCACCACGGAGGCAGACAGCACAAAAAAGGAAGAAGAUGCCUCAAGUUGUUCAGACAAAGUCGAGAGUCUCUCCGAUGGCAGCAGCCACAUGGCAGGCGAUUUGCCCAGCGAUGAAGAUGAAGGAGAAGAUGAAAAAUUGAACAUCCUGCCCAGCAAAAGGGACUUGGCGGCCGAGCCUGGGAACAUGUGGAUGCGAUUGCCCUCAGACUCAGCAGGCAUCCCCCAGGCUGGCGGAGAGGCUGAGCCACACGCCACAGCAGCUGGAAAAACAGUAGCCAGCCCCUGCAGCUCAACAGAGUCUUUGUCCCAGAGGUCUGUCACCUCCGUGAGGGAUUCAGCAGAUGUUGACUGUGUGCUGGACCUGUCUGUCAAGUCCAGCCUUUCAGGAGUUGAAAAUCUGAACAGCUCUUAUUUCUCUUCACAGGACGUGCUGAGAAGCAACCUGGUGCAGGUGAAGGUGGAGAAAGAGGCUUCCUGUGAUGAGAGUGAUGUUGGCACUAAUGACUAUGACAUGGAACAUAGCACUGUGAAAGAAAGUGUGAGCACUAAUACCAGGGUACAGUAUGAGCCGGCCCAUCUGGCUUCCAUGAGGGAGGACUCGGUCUUGAGGGAGCUAGAUCGGGAGGACAAAGCAAGCGAUGAUGAAAUGAUGACCCCAGAGAACGAGCGAGUCCAGGUGGAAGGGAACAUGGACAGCAGCUUGCUUCCUUAUGUCUCAAACAUACUGAGCCCUGCUGGCCAAAUCUUCAUGUGCCCUCUUUGCAACAAAGUCUUCCCCAGCCCCCACAUCCUGCAGAUCCACCUCAGCACGCACUUCCGCGAGCAGGACGGCAUCCGCAGCAAGCCUGCGGCCGAUGUCAACGUCCCAACAUGCUCGCUGUGUGGUAAGACUUUCUCUUGCAUGUAUACCCUGAAGCGCCACGAGAGGACUCACUCGGGGGAGAAGCCCUACACUUGCACCCAGUGUGGCAAGAGCUUCCAGUACUCCCACAACCUGAGCCGCCAUGCCGUGGUGCACACCCGCGAGAAGCCGCACGCCUGCAAGUGGUGUGAGCGCAGGUUCACACAGUCUGGAGACCUGUACAGACACAUUCGGAAGUUCCACUGUGAGUUGGUGAACUCCUUGUCUGUUAAAAGCGAAGCACUGAGCUUACCUACUGUCAGAGACUGGACCUUAGAAGAUAGCUCUCAAGAACUUUGGAAAUAAUUUUAUAUAUAUAUAUAUAUAAAUAAUAUAUAUACAUAUAUAUAAAUAGAUCUAUAUAUAGUUGUGGUACGGUCUAAAAGCAGUCUUGUUUCCUUGAACUAAAAAGUUGGGAUAUUAACUUGUUUUUGCACUUUAGAAUAGCAUGAGAAUCUCACUAAUUUAGCAUUCUGGUGAAAGAAACUUUAGCGCAAGUCGGAAAAUAGAGAGGUGUUUUUCUUUUGUGGGAUAGGGGAAGUAAGCCAGUAAGAACCUUUUAAACAAAUCAUAUCACAAAAUGCUUUCCUACGGCUUAAUUUUGUCAACACUGCAUUGUCUUUUGAGCUUUUGUUCCCCCCCCCCCAUUUUCUUCUUUUUUUUUUUUCUGAAGUAGAAAUUCCCUCCAGUUUUAUUAGCCUCUUUAUAUGUCUCAAAUUGCAUGAAUCUUUUCUGGCUGUUGGAAACCUGAAUGCUUUUAGACCCAAAUGGAAAAUUUCUGAAAUGCUGGAUUAUCUAUUUUUAAACAAGCAGUUGACUUAAAACUUUCUGUGGCAACUUCUGGUUUUCUGACGGUUCCCAAUGAGAGAAAUUCUGACAGUACACUGGGAUCACUGGGACCUGUCUUUGUGAAGGUUUGCUUGGGAUGAAAAAGGAUAUUGCAGCUUCAGCAGUGUUGAACUGUGUGUUUAAAAAUGUGAAUUACUGUUAUUGUAUACUGUAAUUGAUUACAUGGGCUGGGGGGGGUGUCAAAGAACUUGACAGGUUGUGUUGAUGCUCUUAGUUGAGUCUUGAAAAGUAAAUAUUAACGCUACAGAAAUGCAUGAGUUUCAAUAUAUUUUUGUCUUUGUUUGCAUUGUAUAACUUUAACGAGUGAGUUUAAAAUUAUUUAAUUUCCUUAGAGAAAUAGCACCAUUUGGAAACUGGUGUUAUGAAGAACAUAAAUGCACUGUUUUUAUUUUAUUUUAUAUAAUUUAAAUUGACUUUCCCACUGUCUCUUAAGUUGAAACUGUUAAGCUGCAAAUUGAUAACUUCGCUACAUAACAAGGAAAAUAUAAAUGUUUACAAAUGGCUUAAAGAUUUGCAUGUGCGGUGUGCAUUUAUAACAAACUCCUAAUUGCACAAAACCCAUGCCAGCUCAAAGUUUAGGUGUACACAUUUACCCAGUUGAGCAUUUUUAGAAUAACUACUGCACAAAUUGACAAUAGGUCAUUCUUUUUGUUGUUGUUGCUCCCCUUUUCUUUUUCUCCCCUUCUUCCUUUCCCUCCCUUCUCCCCCUCCACCCCCCCCCCCCAACUCAUGAAAAGAUUCUAUGGACUGAAAAAGCCCCAGGCGGAAAGGACUGGACUGCCUUGAUUGACAGGGGAAGGGGGUGAGACUAUGUGUGUCGGCCGCGGAGGCUGCAGCCCGCCGUGGGGUUUAAUGACCAGCACGCAGGGCAAAAGCAUUUUGCACAGUGUUUGUUUUCCUGUCUUGCACUUACAAAUAAGGUCUAUGGGAGUAGCAUGGAAAACGGUUGCUGUUUUUCCCCUUUUUUUUUUUUUUAAUUGCUUUUGUUUAAAAUUUGAUCGCCUUAACUACUGUAAACAUAGCCUAUUUUUGUGCUUAAGAUACUGAAUGGAAAACUCCAUUGUGUGUUGCUGGACUGUUUUGGAAAUAUUUGGUCAAAUGUGUGUUAAUUUGGCUGUAAUGGCAUUUAAAGCAAACAAACAAACAAAAAAAGCUGUGAAAAUGGCCUUGGAGCAUUAUCUUUAGUUACUUGAAGAGUUUCUAGUUUUUUUUUAAAUACAGUUUAUGUUAAGAUAAUUUUUAUUAAUUUAGAGAAGACAAUCAAUGUCUGUGAGAAAACGGACUUUCUUUUGGAUUUUCUUUUUGUGGUCGUUGUGAGUGAUUGCUUUUUCCUCUUAUUAGUUUCACAUUCUUCCUUUGUUUUAAAAACUUAGACUGACAUCUAGCUUUGACAAUCAUAGUAUGUUUUAUUUUCCUGAGGGGGGAAUAACUUAUAAUGCUGUUUAGUUUUGUACUAUUGGUGUGUUGGUGAAUUUUUAAACUGUGUGCUAACUGCAAUAAAUUAUAUGAACUGAGAA